GCAGUGGGAAAGCUCUGAAUCAAAAGGCUUGCCCGAAAUUGGAGGAAAAGAUCGACGACGGGUCGUUUAGCCGCUUCACCUUUGAUAUGAUGCUUGCUUGGGAGAAGCCCAAUUCAGCUGACGUGGAGUUUCGUCAGGUGUAUCUAUAUGUGUGUGUGUGUGUGAACAUAUUAUGUUAAACAUAAUUAGAGGUAUACUUGAAAAUUUGUUAGCAUACAAAUCAUUCACUAAAAAUUUAAAAAAAAAAAAAAUGAAAGUUUAUUGCUAAUUUAAUUUUAGCUGAACUGAAGGUUGUCUAAAUCAAUUGAUUUAAGCUAAGCUAAAACUGUUACUUUCUAUACCAAUUCUUUUAGCGUCAAAAUUGAUACUUUUGGCUAAUAUAUAUAUAUAUAUAUAUAUAAUUAAAUGUAGUAAUUAAUUAUCAUAAAGUGGAAAAAAGUUUUAAUAUAUAAUCACCUGCUCAAAUAUAGGCAUAUAUAUUAAAAAGCAUUCCAUUGAAUUAAAAAUGAAGUUCUAAAGCACUUUUGAGACUGUUCUGAUAAUCUAUGAAUCUUUGUAAGCACGCAUCUUGUAUAUUUUUUUGUUCCACAUCCCAUAAAAUAAAGUUAUAGUGAGAUGAAGUUGGUAAGAUGUGUGUCGCCUACCAUAAAAUAAGUGAAUAAACCCACUCUAGCAAAAUUAUUUAUAGAUAGGCUAGCAACAAUUAACAUGAAUACUGAAAUUAUGGUGGUUGUUGCUUAGUUAUAUUAGGUUAUAUGUGCUCUUCACAAAUGGGCAAUACCCCCCAUAAUUCAGCGUUCAUGCUGAUUGUAGAAAACUUGCGUAUGAUGCGUGUGUAUAGAUAUGUUCUAAGUUUCCAACUUUAGGUGUUACUUUCACUUGUAGUUAAGAAUGUUAAUUAUUUGAAUUGAACUUUUUUGUUACAUUAAAUUUAUGUUCUUUCUUAUUCAUUAUUGAUAUGAAAUUGUAUAUGUCUUGGGGUUUUGGAGGUGGAGCAUGUCGCAAAGGAAAAAGAAGAUAAGAAGAUCCAUCUAGAAGAAACUGCAGAACAGGAUGAAAUUCCUCUUUUCUAUUCAGACAUCAUGCCUCUUCUUUACAAGAUGGCAGGUAAAUGCUGAGCCAGAUGUUGGAGAAGAUGCAUUUGCGUGGUUUGGGUCAUUGGUUCCGCUAGUUACAGACCUUGUUAAUGGCAGAUUCACCUUUGAAACUUUAACAGCAUCGACAGGACACCGAUUGCAUUUUCCUGCAUAUGACAGAUUUUUGAAGGAAAUUGACAAAUGUAUAAAACAUCUGCGUAAACAAGCAAAGCCCACGGGAGUAGAGCUAGCUGAUGAUGAAUUCAUAUUGCAUGUGGAAGGAACGCCUACUUCACAAAGAGUAGUACGCCACAUAGGAGCAACAAGUUGGCCUGGUAGGCUUACACUGACCAACUACGCGCUCUACUUCGAGGCUUCGGGAGUUAUAAGGUAUGAAGAUGCACUUAAGAUCAACCUUUCGAAAAAUAUUGAACAGAAUGUCAAAGCAGCUGCCACAGGUCCAUGGGGUGCUCCUCUUUUUGACAAGGCCAUGGCCUAUGAGUCACCAGAAUUAUCAGAAGAAAUUGUGUUAGAGUUCCCAGAGAUAACAAGCUCCACGAGACGCGACCAUUGGCUUGCAAUCACAAGAGAGAUCAUGCUUAUGCACCAGUUCUUACAAAAUUUCAAGGUGGAAUCUUCAAUACAAGCAUGGGAAAUGCAUGCAAGAACUAUACUAUGUAUAAUUAGGCUCCAUGCAGCAAGAGAAAUGCUAAGAAUAUCAACCCCUGCUCCAACAAAAUUCUUAAUUUUCUCGUUGUUCAAUGAAUUACCAAAGGGAGACUAUGUACUAGAAGAGCUUGCUGAGAAUCUAAAGAAGACGAAUAGUGGGCAUCCGUGCAGUGCUAGUUCAAUCCUUAGGUGUAUGAACACGACAGAAAUAGCUCUCUCAAGUGGAGAAAAAGUACAAGAAAUCGACAAGGAAAGUCUAAAAGGCCAAGUUGAUGACUUCUCAUCCUUGGAGACUGCUAUCGAUCAAGCUAGAGAGGAAGAAAAGGAGGCUGCUGUUGCCAAAGCUACCACACAGGGUUUGAAAGAGGAAGGAAUAAGUCAUAGCACUCUUGUUCUUAUAGAGCUAUUGAAGCCGCUUAAAAAUCUUCUGCCCUUGCUUCAAGAAGUUGUGAUGUGGGAAAGGCCAGCAGCGACACUCUCUGUUACUAGUGCAGCUUUAAUUAUCACCUACAAGGAGUGGGUUGGAAAGGCUAUUGCAGCUCUCAUCUUUUGGCUGAUAGCAGUGAUGAUUAUGGCAAGAAAAGCAAGGAUCAGUGAGAAAUGCAAUGAGAUAGUUAUAUGCACCGCCUCAGACAGUACAGCAAUGGAAAGCAUAGUAUCAGCUCAACAUGGGCUACAAACUUUACAUGAGAUGGUGCAGAAGGCAAACAUAACACUAUUGAAAUUGUGGUCAAUAUUCGUCUCAAAGGCUCGGAAGCAUGCAGAUAUCGUGAUGAUGGGCAUGAGUGGAGUGGCAAUCUUAUUAGCACUGGUCCCAACAAAAUACAUAAUAAUGGGCCUCAUAUUGUAUGGUUUCUCAGCAACAUCAAAGGUAGGGAAUCACUUUGGAAGCCACCAAGGAAAUAGAAGACUCAAAGAAUGGUGGGAUUCAAUACCAGUUGUUCCUGUACGGGUUGUAGACAAGCUGCCUGAGGGCCAUCCUACAUAGUUUUUAUGCAAUUAAAGGUGGUGAGUCAUCAAAAUGGUUAAUCUGUUAAAUAAUUAUACUUAUAAGGUGAACCAAAAAAAAAAAAAAAAAAAAGAGCUAUACAUAUUAUAGAUAGAGUAUAAACUAUCAAUGGCAUCCAUAUUCAUAUAUGUAUCUAUCUGUGAAUGAUGUUGGAAGGCUCUGAGUGAGAAAAACAGGAACAAAUUAAGUUGAGUAAUAGUAUGAGUUUAUUUUUUAACAAAUUAAGUGAAUAAUAGUAUGAGUUUAUUUUUUCGUUUU